GCACAAGUGUGAGUUAAAAUUUCAGAUUCGAUGAAACUUCCAACAAAACUUACAAUUACCGUUUCGUUUAAAAUUCAUUUUGUUUCCCCUCCAGUUAGCAUUCACUUAGCCAUGCAGAGGAAACCCAUGCCAAGAUAGCACCCAUGCGAUAACCACAAGUUUUAAAAGAGCUAGCCAACCAUUUGAGAGGCAUACACUACUACAGAGGAGAGGCAACAAAUCAACACAGCUACGUUCUACCCCCUUUAGGUUAAUUUAUCUCUUCCGUUUGGCUGCCCUCCUGCGUAGUUAUCAACCAAAAAGUACAUUCGAUCGUUUUUGCCGUACUAGUGAAGGGAGUAAAAAAUGCUUUUUUUUACCUUUUUUCAACAACUGGCAGAGAAAAACCACCACGUGACGGUCGAACUGAAAAAUGAUUUGCAAAUAUCUGGGGUGCUGCACUCGGUAGACCAAUAUCUGAACAUCAAAUUGACCAAUGUGACUGUGAACCACCCGGAGAAGUAUCCUCACUUGCUGUCCAUCAAGUCCUGCUUCGUGCGGGGCUCUGUCGUGAGGUACGUUUUCCUGCCGUCCAAGGAAAUCGACGUGGAGAAGUUACACCACAUGUGCAGGAAGGAAGCCAAGAUGACUUCGGAGAAGGAGAAGGAGAGGAAGUGACGGGGCGGGGCAAAUAGAUGUCACAUGGCGAUGCCGCUCCCCCCCCCACUUCCUCCAAAUGACGGCCACAAGCAACAAAAAACGCGAUAUGGCCAAACGUUUGUGGCAAAACGGGGUCAGUCAUCCUUAGGAGCGCAAAGCAGUUUUGGUCGCCACCCCUUAGCCCCACGUGUAUCAUUUUUUUUUUUUUUUUUGUCCUUCAUUUUGCACAUUUUUUUUACAAUAACUUUU